CAGCAUCGGAAUCCCUAUAGAUAUGCCCUACAUCCGGUUUACAAUUAGGCGUUUUACAGUCCACGUAGUGCGCCUACAUAGGAAAUAUAGUGUCGCUUGGGAUUGAGCCCAUUUAUCAGCGGUAAAGAAAAUGCUUCGUGCCCCUUUAGGUGUCAUGGCGGGUCGUCUGGCGCUUAUCACCUCUAGGAUUAUGCGCCCAGAUGACGCCAACAUCGUGGGUAACGUCCAUGGUGGGACAAUCCUGAAAAUGAUUGAAGAAGCUGGGUGCAUUAUAGGAACUCGCCACUGUAACACUCAAACUGGGGACCGCUGCGCCGCCGCCCUGGCUCGAGUGGAGCGCACCGAUUUCCUUUACCCCAUGUUCAUCGGCGAGGUGGCUCACGUGAGCGCGGAGAUCACCUACACCUCCAAACACUCUGUGGAGGUGCAGGUCAACGUGGUGUCUGAAAACAUACUAACAGGUGCCAAGAAGCUAACCAACAAGGCAACACUGUGGUAUGUCCCCUUAUCACUUCAAAACGUGGACAAAAUCAUUGAAGUGCCCCCUAUUGAGUACUCCAGUUCUGACCAGGAAGAGCUGGGUAAGAAGAGGUAUGAAGCUCAGAAGCUUGAACGGAUUGAAACAAAAGAAAGGAAUGGCGAGAUCAUUACAACAGUUUCACUUCCUGAAAGACAGACAAAAGAACCUUAUACUGUCGGAUUCAGCCAGUCGAGCCUCAUCCACCUGAUUGGUCCUUCAGAUUGCACUCUGCACGGCUUUGUACACGGCGGCGUGACCAUGAAGCUGAUGGACGAGGUGGCGGGAAUCGUGGCGGCUCGUCACUGCAAGACCAACAUCGUGACUGCAUCUGUGGAUGCCAUUAAUUUUCACCGCAAGAUCAAGAAAGGUUGCGUGAUCACAGUAUCCGGGAGGAUGACUUUUACCAGUAACAAGUCAAUGGAGAUAGAAGUGUUCGUGGACGCCGAUCAGUUGGCGGACACGGAGGAGGGGAAAUAUCGAGCCGUCACUGCAUUCUUCACCUUCAUUUCUCUGGACAGACAAAACAAGCCGGUGACCGUGCCUCCUCUGAAGCUGGAAACUGAAGAGGAACAGAAGCGUUUUGAGGAAGGAAAACUGCGAUAUCUUCAAAACAAGGCAAAGAGAGUGGCGGAGAAGGAGCAGAAGCAAUAAUGGCCCUAAUGUACAAGCGUAAUCUGGUCCUGUAGCGCAAUAUUUCCGUAGAACAUUGUUCAAGGUUUUAGUUGUAAACAACGCUUACACUAAUUGUAGCAGAGAUCAUAAAAAAGGGAAGAAAAUGUAACAUGAAUCCUGUGUUUCAUGUUUGUUGUUUCACUGCUGCAUACCAAAGUACCCUGUGUAUGUAGAUAUUCAAGUAUUAUAUCAUGUAAAUCAUAUUUUAUGUCUGGAGAGAUCUAUUUAUGAAAUGCUUCGAUCAUUCUGUGCGAGAAUAAACGUGAUGCACUAAUAAAAAAACGUGUGUGAGUCUGUCCGUAAUACAAUUUGUAACAAGGGAAAUGGCAAUCCGACUGAUGAAUAAGAAAUAAAAUGGAACAGUAUGUGCUGUUGUACGACAAUAAUCGACGAAGGUGGUGUGAUGUGGCAUGAGUGUACUGUUUGUUUCAAACAGAAUUAUGUUUUCUAUUUAUUGAGGAAAUUAUAUUACAGGUUUAUCUUGUGUAAUGCUGUGAUAAAGGUUUACCUGCCAAGUCGAUGUUAGGCGGCUAGCUACAGUACAUUAUGGCUCACCUAUAAUAUGCAAUCCCUAACCAAAAAAGUGCUUUUAACUAACUCCUAGAAUACAAUAUAUAUCUGUGCCAUUAGAAAAGAGAAACUUCAUACAUUUGAUAAAGGUCAUUUAGUACAUUCAGGCCAUCAGCUGACUUCAUUAUAUUGCCACAUAACGUUGCUGAGCCUAGACCUGAUUGACUGAAGCAACCGCAGAUCAUAUCA